AACAGCAACAAGAGAAAUCGUAUUUUCGGAGUUUGAAAAGUUUUUAAAAUCAUUAUAUGGCCUUUACAACAUUAAAACGAACUAUUCACGGUGUAUUAAAUAUAGAAGAAACUUCUCGAAAUUUGUUUCAUUCAGCAAUUAGUAGUUAUAUAAAUAAUUCUACAAUCAAUCCCUAGAGUAUUCCUUGUUAGUUGUUGGUGUCUCGAAUAUUAAUGGUUAGUUGCAACAUAUUAACAUCUUUUGGGAUUAAGUCUGUAGAGGUCAAUGCAUAACGUUCAAACUCGCUGACUAGUACAAGUGAAAGAAGAAGUGAAGAUGAAUCAAUACGAAACAGAGAGGCGUCUUAGUUGGUGCUACGGUUUGCUGGUUGUAUUCCUAAGUGUGUCAGUGAUAUGUGUGGCAAUACCUUAUAACCACUGGCGAUCCACUUUGGACGUAUGUCCAGGCAGCUGGCUGGAAAAUACCAACUGUGGCUGCAUAUUUUAUGGCGUAAGCACGAGUCAGUAUUUCAAUGGGGGCCACAAUUCCUACUGCCUGUACGCUAUAUUUGCUCCUGUUCCGAUAUUGAUAUAUGCCCUCAUAAUGACGCUCUUCCACAUGUAUAGAGUCUGUAUCAACAAUGUGGGGCUGUAUGAAGGGGAGAAGUCUACUACUGUUGAGGAAAUUGAAGGAGAAACUAUAAUAGUCCAAUCCAGAUCAAGAGUAGCACAGGAUAGUGAUGCUAUAAUAUAUUGCUGGAUUCCAAACUCGUGUGUCAGUCUGGUGAUUGCCAUUUUCAACCUGGUGCAUGCGGCCGUAAUGACCGAUGGCUUUUUGAAAACAUGCCAACAAUAUAGAGGAUACUUAGUCAGGGAGACCCGUGCCUCUGGUGAUCAAGCAACUGCAAUACAUUUCCGUUUAAGUUGUCAAGCAAUAUUUGACUUUAUGGACUACAUACAAAAGGAUGCACCGAACAGUCGUCGGGGAGAUUUUAUUAACACUGGUGUUGCUCUACACCUAGCACUUAUUUCUUCAUGGAUUGCUGUUAUUCUGUGGAUUACGGUUUCUGUUUAUACAGCCGUCAGGGCGUACAGGGAACGUGAUGUUUUGACUUGCUGUGGCAAAUAAAGUAUUACACUGAUGUUUUGGCGCAUUUUCACCGUAAUUUUACUAUCCUCCCUGGAUAACAUUCCAUUAUCAUUUGCGAUUUUGCCAAUAAUAUAGAAUAGCUAUUUCUCUUGAUUGAUAUUCAAUAGUAUACUAUUGAAUUUAGCCACGCGCCAAAACAGCCUUGUAAGUCUAUAAAUAUAUAAUAAUAGAUUCAAUAGACUCAUUACGAGCUUUAAUUCAGAAGUGUCAUAUUUUUGUUAGCACAAGUAAUACCUUGGCACAAUUUAAUAAAUCAUAAAUUCUUUGAACAUGAUAAAAGUCAGAUAAGAUAAGGGUUCUGUGAAAGCAUACAUGUUUCAUAUUAUUUUCGUAAGUUAUCUUAUCUUAAAAUCAAUAACUGAAGCACAAUUAUGACCACUAAAAUCUAUACAUGCUAUAAUUACAAUAUUGUGUUGUAUAUUAUUAUAGUAUGGUAGUUUGUAUGCUUGCUUAGGCAUGCUUGUCAAAAUGUAUCUUGCUUGAAUAUUACUGUACUGUAUCUCUAUUGUGACACAAACACAUUUUGUUUUGUUAGAAAGAGAUAGAUUAAAAAUGUGACUGCAUAAUACCUCCAAAUUAAGUAUGUUAAGGUAAGAUAUUAAAAUAUUAUAUUUCCCACCGUUUUUAUCAACAUCCUAUUUUACUCUGUCUCUAGAAGUCUGUGCAAACAGAAUUAAUUAGUCAAUAAUAUUAUUAUGCUGCUGUAUAUGCUAGUUAAAACUAGUGCCCAUAUUUUAUAAGUUUCUAGUAAGUUGUAUUUAGGUUUUUGGGAACAAACUUUUUGAUUAUAUUUUUUUAUAGGAUAAGUUUACUUGACAGUUUUGGAAGCCAUGUUUAUUGUGUUCAUUUCACAGUUCAUUCCAAGAUGUAGCUUUUGUUUUUUAUAAAUAAUUAAUUAUAAGCUAAUAAUAAUAAUUAUGU